AUGUCGUCUUUAUCUGUUUACCCCCCUGCAGUGUCCGCCACUUUUCUGCAAAUCUCAUGCAGCUACGGUCGGGACCAGGCCCAAAAGCUGUGUCCUGCAAGCCAUACAGAGGUAUCACAGGAUGAUCAUUGGGGAUGGCGUUUCACAACCGAAGCCACAGGCUCACGAGAGCUGUUGAUUAGAUAUCAAGAAGUGGUGGUACCUGCAUUCAUUAUUUCAAUAUUUCCCAUGGAAAUAUCCAAUGCUUAUGAACCUCAUCGAGCUGCUGAGAUUUAUGCCAAGAGAAUUAAACGGAAAGAAUAA